GAUGAGGAGCUAUGCAACAAAGGAAAGCGGGCACUUGAGAUCCAUUGACUGAGGGGGGGGUCGUGACUUGCCUGCACUACUGUAGACAUCGUUGACUGGCAGGGAAGACUUGCCCCCUGGGAGUAUCAUCUAAGGCCGAAGAAGCGGAGUCUCGACUUUAUCAGCUACACAAAUGGAGAUGGGCGUAUUCUUCCUCUGAUCAAUCGGCGAGGUCCCAGAAAUCCGGCCCCCGGGUCCACAGACCAGGUUCCCCCCGCUUGUCUGGCUAUGAGCUGUGGUGUCUUCACCUCUGCAAGCCAAGUUUUCUAUGUUGCAAACGUCGCCUGGAUUCUCCAUCGCGUUGUUGAAAUUGCAGCUGCUCAUGAGCGAUAUCCCGCACCAGCUUUGGAAGAAGAGGGUUUAUCACUGUCAGGUUGGACGUUGUGUGAUCGUCUGCACUGAGACUUUAGAAGACGACGGAGUGGAGACUGAAGCGGGCAGAAUGAAGGGAGUUUCGUGGGGGAUUUUUGCAUGAACGAAAGAAUUGCUUGGCGUGCCGCGGAGAGUCUACUCUGGCAACGCUGUCUAAUUAUUGCCCUACUUGUGCUCUCGCUUAGCUGCGGAUUCCACAAGUAAAUUGAACUUAGAGCGGUGGUCGCGUGCUUAAGAGGACGUAUUGUUGAGUCUCCGGUGGAGAGAGCGAGACAUAGACAGGGAGGUACCGAAUUCCCCGAGGUGGGUGGUUUGGGUGGUGUCGCAUUUUGUACAGACAGGGAGAAAAGAGAGGAUUUAGCGUGAGGCCAUUGGGAUGGGACGAGUUAAGCUGGAGAUAAAGAAGAUAGAGAAUUCGACCAACAGACAGGUGACAUACUCUAAGAGACGUAAUGGGCUCAUCAAGAAGACUUACGAAUUGUCAGUGUUGUGCGACAUUGACCUGGCGCUCAUCAUGUUCUCGCCAUCCGGAAAACUCACCCAAUAUUGCAAUAGCAGCAUCGAAGAAGUUAUUGGUCGAUUUGCAAAUUUGACAGCGCAUGAGCGAAACAAGAGCAAGUCGUUUGUUUGGUGAGGCAGUUUUGAGGACAUGUUGGCCCGCAUCUCAAAUAGUCAGAUGAAUCAUGACCCCAGCAAGUAUACUAGGAAGAUAGAAAACUUGGAAUAUUUACACAAGGCGCUAAAAAAGCUCGCAGGAGAGAACCUAAGUACAAAGCAGCAGCCCUUGGUCGGAAGGAAAUCAAAUGAGUCCGAGACUCUGGUUUUGCGGCAAGAGUUGAAGAAAGCACAAGAAGCUAAAGAAUUAGUGCAACAACGAGCAAGGCUGUAUCUGGCUGAUGAACAACUUCUACAGAAUGUGACUUCUGUUCAGCAACUGGCCAAUAUGGAAACGGAAUUAGAGCAGGCUCUAGAGCGAGUGCGUUCCAGAAAAAAUUACGUUAGCAGUGCUUAUCAAACCACACACGCCUUGCAACGACAGCAGCAUGAAUUUCUCGGAAACAGUCUACAGAUGAUGGCAUUGCGACAACAGCAGCAGCAGCAAGCGGGACUAGCCGGAAAUCAGUUAUACUUGCAGUGGACGAUGCAGUCCGACCGUCCAGGAUCCACUCAAGAUUUCUUUCGACAGCAAACUAAUCCAACGGCGUCACUUGUGCCUGCAACACUGGCCAGCCAGGAACCAGGAAGCAAUGGAGAAUCAGAUCCAGCGUCAGCAGCUUAUUUCCCUGCUGGACCACAGGCUGGAGCCUUAGAGUCUCUGCGGCGACUGGGAAUGGCAACUACCAGCCGAGGAUUGCCCUUGCAUGGGACAUCAGUGGAGCAACCAAACGGACACUACAAUGAGAGUCAGCAAAAAAAAGCCAAGGUGGAAGCUAGCACGGACUUUGCCACCUCCACUAGUGCUGCAGGAGAGGCUACCACUGAAGGCACCUCCGAGACCCCUUUCACGCGAAAACAUCAACAACCUGAGCAGGCUCACGGCUCUGCGGGUGGUGCAGAUUGGUCCUCACAUCCAGCGAAGCAUCAUCUCAAUGCAUUCACAAACGGCAACAUGUUCGCAGAUUUUACACAGCACGGAUAUCAACCUGGUUGGAAAAAACUGCAUGAGAUGUAGACCAUCGCCUGGUUGGAGAAUGAGCUUCACAUGGUCCGAAUUCACGGUUCAAUUGCAGCAAGUGAUGCUUGAGCUUUUCUAAGGUGGGUACAAGCUCAGAAAUCAACCACUGAGCUCUCGGGUGGCUUGGAGUUUAGAACCUGAUCGUUAUCACUUGAGGACUUAAUAGCCUUGUCCUGAUCAAAGCCCAACUGUUCUCAAAGAAUGCGUAGCGCUCAUCAUGCAGCUCACAGCGUCAUCUAGACCUCAGCGUUUGCACAGAGCACUGAAGACAAACUCGAUGCAUAGCUCUCAAGCUGCUGCAAUCUGCAAGAGUCCUUGAGUUGAGGAAAAGAAAUUACUCUAGUUGGCUUUUGUUUCCAAAUCCAAGAGUUUAGUAUUGCAGUGUCUUUCGAAGAUUUGAACAAAGCUGCGGUUGAUAAGCAGUUCAUGUACGAUUGACAAUUUUCAAAGCUUAGCACUCUGUAGAGCAUUAGUGCCAGUAGCUCUGGAACAUGCUUGGUCUGAGCCCAUGCUGGGGUCCUUGAAUUGAACUCGACGAAAUCCAAAAUUGACAACAGAUUUUCGGUGCUUGUUUGUGCCAUCCUCAGGAA